AUGGCUCCGCACGCACAAGAUGUUAGCUCGGGUUCCGCGAACGGGGCGGUCUAUGCCAACGCCGAUGCCACGGCUUCCCCCAAGACAUUCAUCGUCAACUCCCCCAACGUCACCUACACGGAUGCUGAGAUCAAGUCCCACUACACCUACCGCACUACCAGCAUUGAGACUGACGCGAGUGGCAACUACGUUGCUACUCCCAAAGAGACCAAGUAUGACUUCAAAGUUGCCCGUCAAGUGCCCAAGGUGGGCAUGAUGCUGGUCGGCUGGGGUGGCAACAACGGUACCACCGUCACUGCUGGCAUUAUUGCCAACCGUCGCAACCUCGCCUGGGAGACAAAGGAAGGUCCCCGUGAGGCCAACUACUAUGGCUCAAUCGUCAUGGCCUCCACCAUGAAACUGGGAAUCGAUGCCAAAACCAACAAGGACAUCAACAUCCCCUUCCGCGACGUUCUCCCCAUGGUUCAUCCCAACGAUCUGGUCAUUGGUGGCUGGGACAUUAGCAAGAUGAACUUGGCUCAGGCCAUGGACCGUGCUCAAGUUCUCGAGCCCACCUUGAAGUCUCUGGUCAAGAAGGAGAUGGCUGAUUUGGUACCUCUUCCGUCCAUCUACUAUCCCGACUUCAUUGCCGCCAACCAGGAAGAUCGUGCCGACAAUGUUAUCCAGGGCACAAAGGCCUGCAACGCACAUGUCGAGAGGCUUCGUCAGGACAUCCGCGACUUCAAGGCCAACAACAACCUGGACAAGGUCAUCGUCAUGUGGACUGCCAAUACCGAGCGAUAUGCCGACAUGAUUCCCGGUGUCAACGACACGGCUGAUAAUCUGCUGGAAGCCAUCGCACACGGCCAUGAGGAAAUUUCGCCCUCGACUGUUUUCGCCGUCGCCUGCAUCCUUGAAAAGACGCCAUUCAUCAACGGCUCUCCUCAGAACACCUUUGUGCCCGGUGCUAUUCAGCUGGCGGAGAGGCACGGUGCCUUUAUUGGGGGCGAUGACUUCAAGUCUGGCCAGACAAAGAUGAAGUCGGCCCUUGUUGACUUUUUAAUCAAUGCUGGCAUCAAGCUGACGUCGAUUGCAAGCUACAAUCACCUGGGCAACAAUGACGGCAAGAACCUGAGCUCCCAGAAGCAGUUCCGCUCCAAGGAGAUUUCCAAGUCCAAUGUUGUCGACGACAUGGUCGAGGCAAACUCGGUCCUGUACAAGAAGGGCGAGCAUCCUGACCAUUGCGUCGUGAUUAAAUACAUGCCCGCCGUUGCCGACAAUAAGCGUGCACUCGACGAGUACUACGCCGAGAUUUUCAUGGGAGGCCACCAGACCAUUUCCCUGUUCAACAUUUGCGAGGACUCUCUGCUAGCUUCUCCUCUCAUCAUUGAUCUCGUGGUCAUUGCCGAGAUGAUGACCCGUAUACAGUGGAAGGACUCGAUCUCUGAGAACGGCUACAAGAACUUUCACAGCGUUCUCAGCGUCCUCAGCUACAUGCUCAAGGCCCCUCUGACCCCCCCGGGCACACCUGUAGUCAACGCUCUCGCCAAGCAGCGUGCUGCCCUGACCAACAUUUUCCGCGCUUGCGUUGGGCUCGAGCCAGAGUCCGACAUGACUCUCGAGCACAAGCUUUUGUGA